AUGAAAGUUGCGUAUUCAGAGACUACAAUACGAUUGAAUCCUGAAUAGCCUUAUUGGAUAGAAGAAUUUUCGAGAUUAGAUUUAAUUAUUUAAGAGGGUGUAGUGUAUAGAUGGUGUUCAUGGUUUCAAUACCUUCCUUUAAGUUCGAUAGUUUACGCUGAUUAAUUUGGAGUAUUAGAUAGCAAUUGUUAUCAUUUAUUUAGCUCUGUUGAGAAGGAAUCAAAAUAGUUAAAUUUCUUACAUUAAGAUUGUUUAGAUGUAAUAGCAAUGACUAUCACUAAAAUAAUUUAAUUUAUAGAUAGUGAUGAUUAACAAUAUAAUUUUGAAAUCAAUAUAAGUACUUUUGAAUAUGAAAAUUAAUGGUACUAUUUUGAUUUUAUUUUAUUUCCAAAUGAGAAUUAAUUUUAGAUAAUAAUAAUAAAGAAUCAAUAAAUUAUUAAAGAUGAAAUCUUAAAUGUAGUACCAUUUUCAAAUGUUAAAUUACUUUAGAAAAUAGGAGGAAGUCUACUAGUUGAACAAUCUAGAUUAAGAAAUAUUGAAAGGGGAAUGAAGUUUGCAUCAUUUCCAGGUAAGAUUAUUCCAAUUAACAAUGAUAAUGAUGUAAAAGAUUUUGCUAAUUAUGCUAUCGAAUUUAUUGGGUCUAAUAUAAUAUGUAUAUGUGAAAGCAAUAAUUAAAAUAAUAAUAUAGGUGAUCAUGAUUUUUUAGAAUUAGACUUAAUAAUUUAUAAUUCAUAAUAUCCAAAUUGCAAUUCAUUUCUAUUAUCUGGAUGGUUUAAAAUAAAAGAUAUUAUCUAAAGUGAUAUUAAAAUGACCUAUUAAUUUAUUAAAGUGUCAUCAAAUUUGUAAAGUAGUUAACUUUCUAAUGAAAAUUUAUCACCAUUUUAACUAUUUUACUAUAUAUAAGAAAAUUCUAAAAAAUUGAUAAUAACAAGUUAUAGUUAUUAAUUUCCAUCUGUAAGUUUAGAUUUUAUAAAUAAUCCUUUUUUAAUAACAAGAGAAUUUAAUAUUAAUCAUAAUAUUUAAUUAUGGCAUCUUAUAUAUGUAAAAUUAAUAGAGAAUGACUUUUAUAUUAAUAUCAAAUUUUAUGAUAAAAAACAAGUAUAUGAAUACAGUAUAUAAUUGAUGGUAUAUCAAUUUCAUCAAAUAUAUUAUAAACUUAUAUUAGGAAAUUAUUAAUAAUCAACUAAUAACUAUAUAAAUAUUAUAGGAAGAAACUUAUAUUUAUUUAAUUGCGAUACAAAUUUUUUAUAAUAAAAUUGUCAUUAUAGUUGUUAAGAAUGUGAUGGUCCCACAAAUGAAGAUUGUUUAUCUUGUUCAUUAGAUUCAAAAAGAAUUUAUCUUCCAGAAUAUAAAUAAUGUAUUUGUCCAUAUUUUACAAUUGAAGAUUAUGAUUGUAAGAGUUAUUCAGAUUUAAAUUUGUAAUUAAUUUCUCAUAUAGAAUAAAAUUUGGAAUGUAAAUAUGGAUAAUUUGAAAUAGAUGGAUUAUGUUAUGAUUGGUAUUUCUAUAUUAUUAUUAUAGUCCUGGAAUAAGAAACUAAGAAUUUAUAACUUGUUUAGAAUGUAUAUUAAAUCCAAAAGAAUGGAUUUAGAAUCCAACUUGUUAAACUAAUUUAUAAUUAAAUAAAGAUGGAAGUACUUCAAAAGUAUAGAAAAAUUCAUGGCAAUAAUAAUAAUAAUAUUACAUAUUUAAUGGAAUUAAUCUUGAAUUAUGUGCAGAAUGUGUAAAAUCAAAUUUACUAGAUUAAAAUAAUAUUAAUGAAGAUAAUAAUGUUAAAUUACAAUAAUUUAAAUAGUUUUGUUUUACUUAAGUAUAUUCUAAUUAAUGUUAUAAAUGUGAAUUACCUAAUUGUUUAAUAUGUAGUAUUUAAUUAACAGGAGCAGUAUGUCUAAUAUGUGAUUGGAUGAGUGAUUUAAUAAAUGGAUUAUGUAAUGUAAUUAAAUUUGGAAUAAAGGAUUAAAAUAAUUGUAUAUCACCCUAUUAUAUAACUUCAAAUUAAUAUUGUAAAAUAUGUCCAAUAAAUAAAUGUUUGCAUUGUUUUGAAUAUGUUUCUGAUGACUUAACAAAAUGUACACUUUAUAAGGACUUCUAGAUAUUUAAUGGAGAUGAUAAUCUAAAAGUAGGAUGUGCAUUAUGUGAAAAUGGAUAUAUUUUUGAUUUUUAAUUGGGAAUGUGUUUGCAAUAGAGUUCUAAAAUAGAAACUUGUUUAAGAAGUUAUAUUAAUUAAAAAGGUACAGAAAUAUGCACAUUAUCAUCUAAAGAAGACUUUUCAGUAGCAAGAGAAAUAAUAAAUUGUGAAAAAUUAAUCUCUAAUUGUCUUUAAUGUUUCAUUACAGUUUAAUCAAUAUUGAGAUGUAUCAUUUGCAAAGAAGGUUACACUAGUACAACUACAGAAGCGAAUGGAAGAUGUUAUAUUAAUAAAUUAUAAUAUGCAAAAAUAAGUAUAGAAGGUGAUUAUUACUUAAAAGAUGCGUGGAUGUAAAGAAUUCAAAGUUUUAUGGGAUCAUUUUUGCCAAAUUCUUAUUUUUAUCCAACAUCAAAUUCUUAUUUUAUUGGAGAAAUAGCAAUAUCUUGUUUAGAUGGGUAUUAGUUAGUUGAAUAUCGAAGAUGCAUUAAAUAUUGUAAUUCUGAUUGUAAAUAAUGCAAAUUGAAUAUUUCACCUCCAUAUUUUUAUUGCAAUCAAUGUCUAUUAGAUUAUUAUAAAAAACCUUAGAGAGUUGAAAAGAAUGGAUAAUGUUUAAAAUGCUCCCCAUUAUGUGAAUUUUGUGAAUCAAGAACUCUUGAUGAAAUAUCUGUAAUAUAUUUAUUAAUACUAGUUAAUUUAACCUAAUUUUAUUGUGAAUGAGAAAAAUGAAUAAUAUACAAAAAAAUGUAUUCAACAUAUAUUUGAUCCAAAUGUUACAAUUUAAGCAUAAUAAUUAAUUCCCUUAUUUUGUUUAAAUGAAAAAUGUUCUAAUGCUUUGUUAUAUCAAUUUUACUGUUAUUUAGAUUCUUCUGCAAUUGAUAGCAUUUUAACUACAUCAAAUAUCAAUUACCUAAAUUAAAUUGGAGUUUAAACAAUCAUUAUUCAACUUUAAUAUACAUAAUCAUAUGAAUAUUGUGAUGGUGCAAUUUAAAUCAAUGCAAUCUAACUUAAAUAAAAUAUAUUUUCCUUAAGAACUACUAAUUUAACUAUAUUUGGAAAUGAAGUUUAAUUUAAAGUUGCCAUAUCAGAUUUUAGUAUUGACAACUUUGAUAUUGUAUAAAUGUUUAAUUUUACAAUAAAUCUACAAAAUUUACCUUUAAAUUUUUUAGGAAAUACAAAAUUGAAAUUAAAAAUGAAAAAUAUAAAGAUUCUUGGAAAUGAAUAAAAUCAAACUAAUAAAUUACUUAAUUCAAAUUAAUUUGGUAGUAUUAUUUUAGUAAAUAUUACAAUAAUUAAUAUUGUUUUUACAGAAUCAUCAUUUUUUAAAAUAGAAUCUUUAUAAAUAGAAGAAUAAGUGUAAAUUAAUUAUUUAUUAAUUUUUAAUUGUACAUUUAUUAAUACUGAUCUAUUUUUAAUUACAAAUAGUUAAUUAUCCAUAUAAAUAGACAACUUAAAAAUUGAAAAUUGUACAUUAUUUAAUUCAUCAAUUUUAAAAAUGAAACAAAAUUAAAUUGUAACAAAUAUAACUUAAAUAUCAAGAAUUCUAGUUAUAAAUUGUAAAUUAGAUCAUUCUUACAUUAUUAAUUAUUAUGAUUAAUUUAAAUUAGAACUUUUUAACUUAUAAAUCGAAUAGAACAUAUUCUAUUAUUCAAGCUUUUUAAGUUUUAAUUAUAAUAUGUCUUUAAUUGAUUUUAAUGUUUAAAAUAAUAUUUUAGAUAAUUCUAUUUUAAUAAAAGCAAAUGAUAUUAAUACUACAAAUUUUGUGAUAUUUUCAAUAGAUAAAUUUAAAGUUGUUAAUAUAAAAUUAAUAAAUUCAAAUUUAAUUUAUUUCAUUUCAUAAUUAUCUAAUAUGAUAAUUCAGUUUAGUAAUUUUAUUCUUGAAAAUAUUGAAACAUUAGAAACUAAUAAUUAAUAAUAAUAUCUAUUAAAAAUUACUCACUCUUUUAAUUGCUCUAUUAAAUAAGUUUAAAUUCUAAACUCUAAGAAUUUUCCAAUAUUUUCUUUUUUUGAAAAUAAUGAGAUAUUAAUAGAAAAUCUUAUAUUUUAAUAAAAUUAAUAAAAAAAUUAGAUUACUAAUUGCUAAUAGAAAUAUUAAUUUAAUAAUUAACUAUUGUUUAUUUAAGGAUUUUCAUAUAUUAAACUAAAUUAACUUAAAAUAUUUAAUUAUUAAAAUUUCAAUUAAGCAUUUAUUGAAAUAAUUUCAUAUUUUUAACAUUUAGAAAGUAUUAAUGAAAAAAUUGAGAUAUCUGAUACUCUAAUUGAAAAUAAUAUAAUAUAAAAAGUAUAUUAAAAGAAUAUGUUAUCAAUAAUAAGUAUAUAUUCAAAAAAUAAAUAAUUUAUUUUAUUUGAAAACUUGUAAUUUAAACAUAACUUUUUUCAUUAAUAUCAGGAUGAUCCAAAUGAAAAUUUUGCUAGUUUAGUAUAUAUAGAUUCACCAUAAGCUUAAAUAAUUAUUAAUAAUUUAUUUUGUAAAGAAAAUGCUAUAACUAAUUCAUCUACAUCAUUUAUUGUAAUAAUUUCACAAUCAAUAUUAUUUAUAAACAAUACUAUAAGUUAUCAUAAUGUAAUUAAUUAAAAAUUAUGGAGUUAAUUUUAUGAAUUUGAGCUUGGUAUAUAAUAUGAUUAAGAUCAGAUUAACUAAAUUAUUCAAUAAAUUUAUCCAAUAUAUGUAUAAGGAGGAGUAGCAAAAAUUAUUUCUGAGUAAUUUAUUUGCCAAAAUUCAAUAUAUUAACAUAUUUUAGCUUUGACUAGUGCCAUCUUUGAUAUUAAACUUAAGGUUAAGGAUUUAUAUAAUUUAUUAACAUUUCAAUUGAAUCAAUCUAUUCUAUAUAUUAAUAAGGAACAGAUAAUUUUGGUUGUAUAAAUAUUAAUUCUCUAAAUAGUAAUUUAAAUUUAUAGGUAUCUAAUGCCAAUUUUCUAAAUGUAGUAAAUGGAAUGAGUACUGUUAUAUUUUCUAUUAGUCCAUCUUAAAGAAAAGCAAAAAUAUUAUUAUUGGAUAUAAAAGUGAUUAAUUGUUUUUCAUUCUUAAAUCAAAUAAUGAAAGUCUAAUUUUCAUUAAACAAAAACAAAAAAUAAUUUAAACUAAAAAUGUUAAAUAUUACUCUAAUUUUUGAAAAAUCAGCUUGGAUUAGAUAUUUUUAAUAAUUUGGACAAUUUACUGAAAUUACUGAGAUUAAUGGAGAUGAUGGAGUUUUUAAUAUUAUUGGAGGAUAAGUUAUGAUUGAAUAAUUUAUUAUUUAAGGUAUCAUAUUAUCCUAGAUUUUUUAAAUUGUUAAUUCAAAUCAAAUUUUGAUGAAGAAUGUUUAAAUUAGUGAUAUUUCUGCUUUCUAUUAAUUGCCAUUAAUUUUUAUUAAUUAAUAAUUAAAUUCGAUAGUUAUACUUUAAAACAUAAUGAUUUAAAGAUUUUCUAUUUAUUAAAUGAAUUAUAUUGAAGAAAACAUAGAAAAUACAGAAAACAUAUAAUAAUAUGUAAUUGUUGAAUGCUAACUUAAAAAAUUAAUCUUAAUUGAUAAUUAUAGUUCUUAAAAUUUUAUAAAAUAAAAUAUCUAAUUAUUAUAGUAAUAAUCAACUAAAAUAGGUUAUCCAUUAAUUCAAUUUAUAAGUUAAAAUUAUUAGGUCAGGUUUAUUAUAAAUUAAGUAAAAUUAAUACAAAACAAUUGUUUAAGUUGUUCAAAGGGAAUUCUGUUUUUUGAUCUUAAUAUAUUUAAUUAUGUGGAAAUUAAUGAGUUUUUAUGUAUUUACAAUUCAAUCAAAGAGAAUGGAUGUAUAUAUUUUAAAGGUAACUCCUAGAACUAUAAUAAAAAGGUUACAGUACAUAAUUCUGAUUUCAUUUUAAAUAAUGGCAGUCAAGGUGGUGCCAUAAUGGCUGAAAAUAUAACUUUGUUUAUAAACAAUUGCAAAAUAAUUGGAAAUACAGUAAGCUAAUUAGGGGGAGGUAUAUAUGCUAAUAUCAAUAAAUCUGAAAUUAAAAUAAAUAAAUCUAUUUUGAUUUUGAAUAAGGCUAAAGUAGGAGGAGGAAUUUAUUUUGCAAAAUAAAAUAAUUUAAAUGAAGAAAACUUUUCAUAAACCUAUUUACUUUUUAACCAUGGUGAGACUUAUGCAAAUAAUUUAGUUGAGACUCCAACUCAUUUAAGUCUUUCUAUUAAUCAAAUGGAUAUGAUGUCUGAAUAAUUAGAUAUUAAUAGCAAUGUGAUAUUAAUUUCAAAAAUUAAACCAUAUAAUAUUAUUGAAUAAGGUAAUUUAUUAAAAGCAAAACAAAUAAAAAUUCCAAGUAAUUAGAAAAUAAAUAGUUACAAAAUAUAUGUUCCAUAAUUAUAAAUAUAUGUAAAUUAUAUUGAUAUUAUGCUUAUAUCUUUUAAAAAUCGAUUUAAUGAAAAAUUAGAAGAUUUAAAUUAUUCAUAUUGUUAAGUUAAAACAGCAAUUGUUUAUGAAAAUAAUCGGAGUGUAUCAUAAGAGAAAAUACUAUAAGAUUUGUAAUUAGAUUUAAAAAAUAAGGCUUUUGAUUUGAGUUCUCUAUCUUUUAGUUUUGAUCCUUACAAUUAAAAUUAAUCUUUAUUAUAGAUAGGAUUAAAUUGUUAUUUUGAUUAGAGUGAUUAAAAAUUAUAAUAUUUAAUUUAUGCUAAAACUCUAAAAUGUUAAUUGGGAGAAUUUUAUAUUGAUAAAGGUUGUUAAAAUUGCUAAUCAAAUUAAGGAUUUUAUUCUGUAACAUAUAACACUACUAAAUGUUCAAUAUUUGACAAAUAAAAAUUUGAAAGUAUUUCAUCUAAUUAAAUUAAAUUGUUAUAAGGAUAUUGGAGACCGAAUUAUCUUUCAGAUUAUACAGAAUAUUGUUUUAAAAACCCAACAUUUUGUAUUGGUGGUUGGGAUGUUGGACAUAAUUUAUGUAGUUUGGGACAUAUAGGAGCAUUAUGCGAAGAAUGUGAUAUUUUUGAUUAAAGAGGGAAAGGAUAAUUUUAUAAAGAUUUAUAAGAAUUUUAAUGUUAAGAAUGCAAUAAAAUUUGGAAAAGUAUGUUAUCUUUUAUAUUUACUUCAAUAUGGUAUUAUUAUUAUAUUAAUAAAUAUUAAGGUCGUUUCUUUCAAUAUUAAUAACUUUAAGAAGUAUUGAUAAAUCAAAUAAAUUGUUCUCAUCUCUUAAGAUUGGAUAAAAGUAUAGUAAAAUCAUAUUUAAAUUAAAUUAAGGUAAUUUAAUAAUUAAUAUUAAUAGAUCAUGAAAGUAUUCUAAUCAAAAUGUUACUGAAUUAUCUAUGGAUAUUUUCAGUUAUUUUUAAUUUUAAUAUCAGUUUUUCUAUUUCAUUUAAUUUUAUUGAACAAACAAGUAAUACAUUAUUUGUUAUGAUUAAUAAUUUGGAUUGUUAUCUAUCUUAAAUCUAAAAUAUAGAAUUAAUCUAUUUAAGAUUAAUAUUUAUGUUAAUAUUGAUUAUAAUUCAACUGUUAAUUAUUUGGGCAGGAUUUACAAUUUAGGCUAAAUUUAAAAAAUAACUAUUGAAUAGAAGUAUUAUUUCUAAUACCUUGCUAUAUUUAUAUGUGUCAAAUUAUGCUGCUUUAAUUAAAUAGUAAUUAUAUACACUAUUAUCUAGGUUCUGUUCUAUCAUUUCUAAAAGAUAGAUUUCAUAAAUUUCCUAUAUCUAAGGAGAUGUAUCUCUUCUAUUUGGAACUCCUAAUCAUAUAUCCUGGAUUAUUUGCUUUGCGAUACCAGGCCUAGGAAUUUUUGGUCUCUUUAUCCCUUUCUCCUUAUUUUUUAUUAUGUACAUAAAUCGAGCAUAAUUGGAUUAAAUAAAACUCAGAAGACAUAUUUGCUAUCUAUUUAAUGAAUAUAACAGUGAAAGUUAUUAUUGGGAAUUAAUUAAACUAUCAAAAAAAACUAUUAUCAUCAUAAUAUUGACAUAUUUUGAAGGAAAUAUAUUUUUUAAAGCAUCACUUCUAGGUUUGUGUUUGCUGGUUUAUUAAAUGGCAGCAGUAAAACAAUAACCUUAUAUUAUUUCAAGUUUGAAUUUCUUAGAUGUUCAAACAGGGUAAAUUUGUUCUAUUACUAUAUUCCUUGCUGGAGCAAAUUAUGUAUGUGAAUAGGAAAAUUACUCAAAUUUAUCAUUACCUCUAUAAAUUUGUAUAGUGCUUCUUUGUGUUAGAUUAUGUUACUCCUUUAUAAUAAACAUUUUUAGAGUUUAUUUAAAAAAAUAUAAAGUACUUUGUGUCGAAGUAAUGUAUAAAAUUUGUAGAUUUCUAAAAGCAGAUUGUUUUCUUACUGUAUAUUUAAAUAAUCAACUCAAAAAACUAAAUUAAAGAGAAUAGCGUCUAAGAAAUAAUUUUAUAAAAAUGCGUUGUCAUUUAAUGUCAAUGUCAAAGGCUUAGAUAGGACAUUAAAAGUAAUAUAGAAUUAUAAAUAGGCAAAUUAUUUCAUUGAUUAAUUCUUAAUCAACAAUCAGAUAUCGAUAAACUAUCGUAGAUGUAGAAAUGAACAAAUUGAUAAGUACUUGA